AUGGCUUCUAUAAGAAAAAUAAAACACCGCAUAGACGCAUAUAAAAGUACAAUAUCCCUCCUCAAGAACAAAAUCAAGAAGCUGGAAACUCUUCUGGACGAAGAUAGGUCAAAAACACAGGAAAGUAUGGAGGAAGGGGAGAUAAGGGACAUAGCAAAAGAGAGGAGGAAAAGAAAGAUAGACGAGUCCAACUGCGAGGCAAUACUCAGCGGCAUCGACAGCAAAGCAAGAAAAAGCAUGCCCGAGCUUCUAAAAGAAAUAUUCGACUCUUUCAACCUUUUGGAGCCUGCAGACAUUCGCAGGGUUUUCUCCGCGCUUCUUCCCUAUUUAGAUAACUCUCUGAAGUACGUUAUUCUGCACGAUACAAUUCUGUUCACGAGAGAUUUGGAUAAGUAUGCCCUUGUAUAUAAAACAUUGUAUCCCGAUACUUUUGAAAAAGAUAGCAGCGAAGUGUGCGAUGUCUUUGAAACCGUCUACUACUACAGCAUAUCGGAAGAGUCACUCGAUGAGCUAAAGAACAGAUGCAUAAAAAUACUUCAAAAAUAUUCGUCAAGAAGAGUGAUAGACGGAGAAACUAUCCUGCAAGAGUCAUUUGAUGCAGCCACAUCGAUACGCCUCUACUCGAAGGUGAUAGACUGGGACUGGACAUACAAUGAGUUUAUUCGGGACAUACUGUACCCGGAGCUCAAGAAAAGCGAUAGACCGUUUUCGGUCUUUGUUCUUUCUUUUAUCUACGCCGAAUGGAACAAGUCCUUGUCUUCGCACAAGAGUCUGGAAUACCUGAUCCAGCUGCUGGACAAAAUAGCAGGAAUAGGAACAGGAGAGAACAUUAUAAAGUCGAUGCACUCGCUGGACUCGCAGCUGGCAAGCGCUCUUAUGCUCAGACAGUUUAGGCCCGGAGCAUCCAUAAAAUGGCACAAAAAAAGAGUUGAAGAAGCAACGCCCAGUGAAAAAGAAGUUAUCGAGAAAGCGUGGAAGAUAUCCUUUUUUUAA